ACAACAUGUCUGCCACCGCCAGAACAAGUAGCAGUAGAAGAAGAAAACUACAAAGAAGAAGAAAACUACAAAGAAGAAGAAGGUGUUUACCGCUGUGUAUUGUUUUGAACGAUCAGUAAAAACAGCAGUGAGAAGCAUCAACUCUGGAAAGAAAAGAUCGACGCCAUUUCAAAGCCAGGGACAAAAGCAAAUAGAAAGUAUUUUCUUUUUUUUUUUUUUUGUAUGCUUCCUUCCUGCAGUCGAAGCCUCUUGAAAAACCACCAUUUUAGAUCAAAAAUAACUAUUUAUUUUUCUGGAAAAAUAAAGGCUGAAGCUAAAAUACAGAUGCUAAUGCUGUUCUGGAAAUGUUUUGGCUUAGCAUAUUGACGUAGAAGCUGGACCUGACGCCAAUACAUUAAUUUCCGGGACGCAAAGGGUUUGUUUUUUUGUUGUUGUUGUUUUGCAUCACUUAUUAAAACAGGGUAAAAUAAGAAGGUAAUAUGGAGGACGAAGUUUGCUUGGAUUCGCCUUUACAAAACUGUCAGUGUUAUUAUGUGUUUAUACACUGAGUGAAUAUAGUACUGUGAGGUGCAGUCAUAUCAAAGCCAGACCUGAAGGAGAGAAACAAACUGCUUCUAGAAAUGAGCGAUUCGGGGAAUCCAGCCAGCGUCCCGAGCUGCUCCGGCUUGAGAAGCGGGCCAGAGCGGACUGGAAGCGGCGAGCAGAGCCGAGUCUGGAGCCUGAGCUCCUCCAGCCAGCGGGGGAGAUUGCCAUCGCUCAGAACCAGGGACCUGACGCUGGGGGGAGCCUUCAGGAAGACAAAGAAGACGUGGGAGCCUAACGUCCACGCUGUGAGAAAACCGAAAGAUGAGCAGCAAACAGAAAACCCAGUGGCUCCUAAAAAGGAAAAAAGAGAGAGGGAUGCGAAGAGAAAAGAGAGCAGAGGUGGGAGGAAAGCGAGACCUCAGGUCAUCCAGUCUCACUCCAUCUUUGAACAAUGUCCUGGUGUCUCAAAUUACAGAACAGGCCGGCAUGGUGCCAGGGGCCUGCAGAGCUCCUCCACAUCUCCUGUUUGCAGACCCGUGAAAAAAGAAGGGAAGAAUUCGACAGAGGAUGAAGAUCAUCUUCUCAGUAAACUGCAGCGAGACGACUUCAUAGUUGAUCCAGAGUUGAGGAAUGACGCCCACCUGAACCCCAUCGCUCUGCCUCUGUAUCAGUCCAGCGGCUUCUCCAGGCGCCCCAGGUCGUCCACCGCAACACCAGGUCAAGACAACCCCCCGGUCUUAACAGCGCCACAUUGUGGUGCUGAUGGAAAUGCAGCCCUCUUGACUGACUGGCAGAAAUCUGAGCAGUUGUCUCUGGUGAAGAUGCUGCAGGAACUCAGUGUUUCAGGAGGAGAAGAGCUGUUCUUCAUGCAGUUUCCAGACUGUCUUCCUGGCAGACACUCUGCACCGAAAGCAGACCUUCAUCAUGGAGGGGCGACAGGGAAACCUUCAAAGACAGACGCAAAGUCAGCACAGCAAGAAUCCAGCAACAUGGAUGGCUCCCUUGUCCUCUCAGAAUUCCCUGAGGGAUUUUUGGGCAAACUACAAAUCAGGAAGUCAGGAAAGGUGGAGCUAAAGCUGGGUGACGUCAUCCUGGAUGUGUCAGAAGGAGCUGCCUUUUCCUUCCUGCAGCAACUGGUGUCGGUCCGUCUGUCCGGUGGGAGAACUGGGAACAUGACGGUGCUGGGAAACGUCCAUCACAAGCUGGUUUUGUCUCCUGACUUCCAGUCCUUGUUGAGGCAGGCGGCUGCACAGCAGCCAUGAGGCUCACGUCUGCAGACUGAAUUACUGGACUGUUGGACUAAUAUGACAGUUCAAUAUUUGUUACUGAAAAAGCGUUGUUUUCAUAAAGAUGACUUAUUUUUCUAAUGUCACUGUGAGAAAUGUUUAAACCUAUUAAAUCUAAAAAAAAUCUGUGAUGUUUUUGAGACUAAUAAACGAGAUUCAUUCUGA